GUAACGUGCAUACACAGACACAGGCACAGGAAGAAUAGGAUUACGUAUCAGGUGAUACGCAGCGAUCCCCUGUCAUUCAGCAAGUGUCAAGUUGCAAAGUGCAUUUCAUGCGAGUUUUAUCAGUGUCAAAAUUUCGUCGAGUGCGUUGAAGAUCAGCUGAUAAUUUCGUUCGUAGGAAAUUGCAAUAACGUCAAAAUGGAUGCUGGAUUCUCGUCUUAUCACAAUGGUGGUCCUGCUCGAGAGCAAGAUUUUGGCAAGCUGUCCCAAACUAUUGGUACUUCAAUAUUAAAGAUAUCGCAGAAUGUGUCUUCCAUGCAGAAGAUGGUCAAUCAGUUGGGUAGCUCCACUGAUUCUCAAGAACUCAGGAAUCAGCUGCAUCAGAUACAACACUAUACACAGCAACUGGCGAAGGAUACUAGCGUCCAUCUUCGAGAUUUAGCUGUAUUAGCAAAUAACUCAGGCUCUACGAGUCCUGGAGAACAAAGGCAGCGAAAGAUGCAAAGAGAACGUCUUCAAGAUGAAUUUACAAGUGCUUUGAAUUCUUUCCAAGCUGUACAAAGGCUGGCUGCAUCAAAGGAGAAAGAAAUAGUCAGAAGGGCUAAGGCUAGCGCAGGCAUUGCACCAUUUGGGGAAAAGAAACAGGAGACACUUAUAGAGUUACAAGACAGUAGAACGUAUACAAAUGAUCAUCAAAAACUGCAACAGGAGCAAAUGCAGGAACAAAUGAAUCUACGAAUGUUGGAAGAGCAAGAGGCUAGUAUAAGACAGUUGGAGAGUAACAUUAGCGAUAUUAAUCAAAUAUUCAAAGAUCUUGGAGCUUUAGUAUAUGAUCAAGGAGAGGUUAUAGAUUCUAUAGAAGCUUCAGUUGAAAGAACUGAAGUAUCUGUCAGUGAAGGUGCUUCUCAAGUAAGGCAAGCGAGUAUGUACCAAACUAAAUUGCGUAAAAAGAAGUGUAUUCUCGUACUGAUAGCAGCAGUCGUAUUGGCCAUUUUGAUUGGAAUCAUCGUCUGGAAAAGCUAAAUAUACAUAAUACACACAUAUAUAUACAUAUAUAAAGUAAACAAUGUACAGCAUGGAGUAUAGCGCUAUAAAAGACUGCUGUCUGUGAACUACAGUUGCAGGAUAUUAGGCUGAUUGAAAAUUCUUAGCGACGUUCCUAUCUAAUCUUGCUUUACAAGUCCAAAAAAUAGCGAUCAUAAUAUCGGUGAUAUAUACCAAGAAAUCGUGUCUUACGAAUUGGAUUCUACUAAUUGUGUUAAUUAUAAAUGCAAGCUCCAAUUUACGAGUGGCUUUAAUGGCAUGUCUAAGAUUGCCACAGUCCAUUUAUACGUUUCAUUACU